AUGGAGAAAUUAGUCUUUGCGGAUGAGGAGCCAGAAGAAACAGACGAAGAUGACGAUGAAGCUUCGAUAUCCUUAAAGAAGUCAGCACCCAUAGGUGAAUUCGAUCUUUGGGAUGUUGCGUCUGAGGUGAAGAGAGAGGAGGAUGAGAUGGAGGAGAAGGAGGUGAGAAGAGGGGGAGGAACGGAUGUUUCUAGUGGAAGAGAUUGA